UCUUUUCUUUCUCUCUCUCUAUCUAACUAUAUUUUCUAAUCUUCAUCGAUAUCAUAUAUAUUUUCUAAGCUGAUCAUAUAUAGUCCUUGAUUUGAUAUCUCUCUCUUUCAAAAAAACCGGAUAUAAUUAAUAUUGUUCCUUCUCUCGAGGGAAUAGGUUUUAUGAUCAUCACAUAUUAUAUUUCAGCGAAAAACAAUUAACUGUUGAUAGAUCGUGGAGUGUGUAGUACCAAUCUUGAACUUGUAUACAAGUUAUCUUCACUAGUACUACUUGUUGAAGAAGAGUUGUGUAUAUAUAUAUAUAGCUCUUUUGUUACUCAUUAAUGUGUGUUUGAGAGAGAUAAGAUCUUGGUGAUAGAUUUCUUUGAGUACUAGCUACUUCUUUAUUUCGUUUCAUCUGCAGCAUCAAAACGAAGAAAGAUCGAAUCUUAAUCCUUUUUCCGAAGCACGGUAACAGCUGGAUUUAUGUGAGUUUCUUGAAAGAUUCCAAUCAUAUAUAGCUGGCUAGUUUGUUUGUCAAAGAUAAAUAUAUAAAGAUUGAAUUUUAAGAUAAACUCAAGGACGCGAGUCAAAGGAAUAAGUAGUUUCUGGAGUUCAUCAUUUAGAUAGCUAGAAGGAGUAGUGGCCGGCAGUGAUCCUAAGGAUCAAGCAGAUCAUCUAUCACAUAUAUAGUUCAAGGAAACACAAAUAGUUAAAGCUGGCAAGCAAGUGGUGGGAGAGGGUAGAUGGGGGAAUGGCGGGUUUUGAACCCACCGGUAAUCCAGCGGGAUCUCAUCGCUAUGUUCAUCAGCUCCUCAGGCCUGACUUAGACUUGCAAAGCAGAUUAUCACAGCAAGCAGGCCACAAUAUUCCAGAAUCCAAUAAAGACGGUUCUCCCGAACAAGAUCAUCAACAUCAUCUUCAUCAUCAGAUUGAGAAGCACGAAUACGAUGCAGCAGCCACAACUAGCUCUGGUGGUGGUGGUGGAGGUGGGACUACUUCAAGCCGUCGCCCUAGAGGUCGUCCAGCUGGCUCAAAGAAUAAACCGAAACCUCCCAUAUUUGUAACUCGAGACAGUCCAAAUGCUCUAGGAUCGCAUGUCCUUGAAGUAUCAUCCGGAGCUGACAUCGUUGAGUGUGUGACGAAUUAUGCAAGACGGCGGGGACGAGGUGUCUGUAUUCUCAGCGGAGGUGGUACAGUUGUGAACGUGACGCUGCGUCAACCAGCAGCAACUCCCACUGGAGGUGUCGUUACAUUGCACGGGAGAUUUGAGAUUCUUUCAUUAUCAGGAACGGUUCUUCCUCCUCCUGCACCUCCAGGAGCUGGAGGUUUGACAAUAUUUCUGUCCGGUGGGCAAGGGCAGAUAAUUGGAGGAAGUGUCGCUGGUCCAUUGUUGGCAUCAGGUCCAGUGGUGUUAAUGGCAGCAUCGUUUGCAAAUGCUGUAUUUGAACGGUUACCAUUAGAAGUUGAAGACUCACCUGCUGCUGUCCAACAAGUCCAGCCCGCUGCUUCUCAAUCUUCAGGUGUCACAGGUGGUGGUGGUCAAAUGAUAGGAGGCGGUGAAGGUAGCGGUGAAGGCGGUGGACGUGGUAGUGUAAGUGGUCAUUAUAAUUUGGGAAUGAAUUUGAUGAACAAUAAUAGUAGUAAUUAUCAGUUACCAGCAACAACAACAGCUGGAGAUGCAUUUGCUGGCCAUUGGGGUGGUAAUGCUCCAAGGCCUCCCUUUUGAUGAUGAUGAUAUAGUGUGGUUACAGUGCUAGUACUGUUGCAUGGGACUGAAUGAAAUUAAGAUCUUCUAUCAUGUAUUGAUUGGAGAUCCGAAUAAAGGUUUAUUUAUCAAGCAAAUUAAGCUUAAAUUCUUAGGAGGGAUUUUGAGUUUCCUAGCUCUAUACAUAUAUAUAAGCAGCUGAGACCAAUCCCAUCCAUCAUGGAAGGUACGUACAACAAUGUGGUGAACCAGGAACAUGAGUUGGAUCGAUGGUGCAUGCAAAACGUUUGAACAGAAUUUUCAAGGUCAUCGCUAGGAGGGUUCAAUCAAACUAAAUGAAAUUCGUGACAGUGUGUACAAGCUGUUCGAUCCAUACGCAGGCAUGGUUUUCUUUUUUCGGACAUCUUUCUUUUCCUUCUUCUUUUCCUUCAAAUUUUCUUGGAUUCUAGUUUCUUGGCGUUGGUAAUUACUGAUGUUUGUUAUUUGUUUCUUGCAUUCCCAUUUCUUUUUGAAGUAAUUAGUUUUGCACUUUGUAGUUGGUA